AUGGAGAAACCUCAAUCCAAGCCUACCGCAUACCAGCGGCCCACAAGCGGAAUUUUCCCUUUCCUCCCAGAAUCAUGGGUUCCAUACGCUGAACUCAUGCGCCUUGAUCGACUAGGCGGCUUCAUCACCUUCUUUCUUCCCUGCAUCUUCGGUCUCGCCUACGCAACCGCAAUUGCUACCGUCCAACCUUCUCUCCUCCUCCUCGUGGACCGCAGCAUCACCAUAUUUCUCUGUUGUGUGCUCGCUCGUGGAUCAUCAUGUGCCUGGAACGAUAGUGUAGAUCGUGACUUCGACCAGAAAGUUGAGCGAUGUAGUGUGCGGCCAAUUGCUCGCGGGGCCGUAACACGCUCGCAGGCAAAUACCUGGGCUAUUGUGCAAUUUGCCAUGAUGGUGAUUCUGGCCGCCCGCGCGCCCGUCGCAGUAUUCAAAUACCUGGUAGCGAUCCUGCCACUCGGAAUGAUGUACCCCUUCGCAAAGCGCUACACCAACUACCCCCAGGCCGUACUGGGAACGACAUUUGGCGUGGGAUCUCUGAUGUCCGCCCGAUCAGUACAUGUCUUCCCUAUGGAUCCGGAAUUUCUCGCCCCAUCUAUGUGUGUUGUUUUUGUCAAUACGCUUUGGAGCAUGAUCUAUGAUACCAUCUACGCGCAUCAGGAUGUGGCUGACGAUAUCCACGUUGGCGUGAAGGGCAUGGCUGUUAAAUACCAGAAUUGCACCAAGCUUGCUUGCUCUGUCAUGUCCGUUCCAAUGCUUGGGUUGCUCACUGCUAUCGGUGUUCUGACUGAGCUUGGUCCGCUUUACUAUGUUUUUGCCAUUGGUGGUGGAGGUAUCAGUCUGGCUGUUACUAUUUCGUUCGUCAAUCUCAAGGAUGAGAAGAACUGCGCGUGGUGGUUUAGUCACGGAUACACAAUGUUUGGAAUGAGUAUCCUUGCGGGGUUCUUGGCGGACUCGCUGUCAAAGACUGUGCCUGCCUCUGAUUUCAUGGACAUGUCCCACAACUCGAGCUGGAUCCACACCGAGCUGUGA